AUGAUGUCCUUCGAAAUGAAUGACCGGAAAAAAAUCGGGUUAGGGCUGACAGGAUUUGGCGUAUUUUUCUCGUUUUUGGGGAUCGUCUUUGUGUUUGAUAAGGGAUUACUUGCCAUGGGAAACAUUCUUUUCAUCUCUGGGGUUAGUCUAACCAUUGGCCUCAAGUCUACCAUGCAGUUUUUCAUGAAGCGUCAGAACUAUAAGGGAACCAUAUCUUUUGGGAUUGGCUUCUUCUUUGUAGUCAUUGGAUGGCCUAUCAUGGGAAUGAUGUUGGAGACCUAUGGCUUUUUUGUACUCUUCAGUGGCUUCUGGCCAACCUUGGCAGUUUUCGCACAAAAGAUACCUGUUCUCGGAUGGAUAAUUCAGCAACCAUAUAUAAGAUCGUUCUUUGACAAGUACCGUGGCAAGCGUGUGCCUGUCUAG